AGUGAUAAGAAAUCGUCUGGAAUACUUUUUUCCAGCUAAAAUUAAAAAUUUAACAUUAAAAAAGGAAUUUUUAGCGUAAUUUAUUUUGAAUUUUCGACCCCAAAACGUCAAAAGAACGAAAUUUUAUCAAAAUUUUGGAUAAUAUUCAAAAAAAUUUGGAGUUUGAGUGAAUUUCACUUGAUGACGUAGUUGAUUUCCCUUUCCCCCAAGAGCAGCAAGACAUGAAAAACUAAGAAAAAAAUUGUUUCGAGAAGGAAAAAGAGGUGAAAAAGCACAAAAAUGGCAAAUCUGAUGAUUUUUUCGUACAUUUGCGUGUUCACGUUGACCAUAAUUGUGCAUGGGUCGCGAAUUAACGACGAAUUUUUCGACGAGGUGCGACAGCUGUUAGUGCAAAAGCAGCAGCUGCAACAGCAAGAGGACAGUAACGAAGGCCAAUUCGAGCAAUAUCGCUACCAGAAUGUCGAUAGUCCCCCGAAACCGCGCGAAAUCAAGGGAUGGCCCAGUGUUCCGCUGAAAAAUAUCGGCCAGAUAACAGCUGUUUCGGUGAAUCCUGAUGGCAAUCCUGUCAUUUUCCAUCGAGCUGAUCGUGUCUGGAAUGCAGAGACUUUUAACGACACCGAUUACUACCAACUGAUGCCAGAUGGUCCGAUUCAGGGUAAUACAAUUCUGACUCUUGAUGCUCGUGAUGGCUCCGUCAUCGAAGAACGUGGCAGAGGAUUGUUCUACAUGCCUCAUGGCAUGACCAUCGAUCGUCUCGGCGGUAAUUUGUGGCUUACGGAUGUCGCGUUGCACCAAGUUUUCAAAUUCAAGCCCGGCAAUGAUUAUCCUUCCAUUACUCUGGGACGUCGUUUCGAGCCGGGAGUGUCGCGGUAUCAUCUCUGCAAGCCAACGAGCGUUGCUGUUGCGUCUACAGGGGAAAUUUUCGUCGCCGAUGGAUAUUGCAAUAAUCGCGUGAUGAAAUAUAACGCAUUGGGACGUCUAAUUCGCAUCAUGCCGCAACCCCCGGAAUUUUUGUCGUUGCAAGUUCCGCACGGAUUGACGUUGCUCGAGCAUUUGGACCUUUUGUGCAUUGCGGAUCGCGAAAAUAUGCGAGUUGUUUGUCCGAAAGCCGGUUUAAAGUCGUCGCGGGACGAAGGUGAGCCAGCUGUUACGAUUCAGGAACCGGAUUUGGGACGCGUUUUGGAUGUGGCGGCAUACGGAGACCUCGUUUACGCGAUUAAUGGACCAACGUCUCAGAUGAUUCCGAUCCGAGGCUUCACGAUUCAUCCAAAGGCCGAGACAAUCAUCGAUCACUGGGGCAAAUUCGAGAAUCCGCAUAGCAUUGCUUUUUGUCCCAAUGGGUCGGCGAUGUACGUCACGGAAAUUGGACCAAAUAAAAUAUGGAAAUUUGAGCUCGUUUAAGCACGGAAUUCCAGCAAACAGACAAUUUUUGCACGAAAUUAUUGAUUUUUUAUUCAGCAGCACAAUAUUAUGUAGAGAAAAAGGUAAACAGGUAACCUCAAAAAAAUAAUUAUUCGACUUUUUUCAUAAAAAAUUAUUACAGGAUGCUAGAAUUUCUCUAAAUAGUACGCUUAGAAAGAUUCCAAAAAAUAAUUAUUGAAUUAAAAAAAAUAAUUUAUUGUUAAAGUUAAGUUUUUUAAGAGUAGAGAGAUUUAUUAAGUUAUGAAAAAUUAUUAUAAAAAAUUAUUUAUUGAUAAAAAAUGAACUUAGAGGACCCUAUAAAAAAUAACGUAAACAUAUUCAAUGGAUUACAAAGUAAAAAAAAAUAAAUGUGAUGUACUACUAGAAAACAAAAAAAAAAAUAUGUGAGUCACAAAAAUAUGUUCU